AUGCAUUGCGUCUCACUCUCUCUCUCGAUCUGUAAAAUUCUAGUCUCUGUCUGGCUCUCUGUCUGGCUCUCUCUCUCUCUCUCUCUCUCUCUCUCUCUCUCUCUCUCUCUCUCUCUCUCUCUCUUUCUCUCUCUCUCUCUCUCUCUCUCUCUCUCUCUCUCUCUCUCUCUCUCUCUCUCUCUCUCUCUCUCUCUCUCUCUCUCUCUCUCUCUCUCUGUCAGCGGCCUGCACAUACGCACACACACACGGGUCACGACGACUUCAUUUCACCAAGACCUCGACUCGGGUUUUACCCCCCCCCCGCACAGCCAGUCUGCCCUCUCUGGUUGGCUCUGUGGCUGUGUGGACUGCGUCUCUCUCUCUCUCUCUCUCUCUCUCUCUGUCGCCACCGCUCCCCCGAGCCCCAUGCAGGCUGUCCAACAGGCGCCAAAGGCCCUGGAUGGGCACGGCGUUUCGAGACCACCCUCACCACCCCUGCAACAGCAGCCCUCCUCCGGGCCGCAGCCACUUGACACCAUGUCCUUGGUUUCCCAUAGCAGCCUUGCUGUCCCCUCCACGAGCUCCACAGCAGAGGCCGUCAACGUGACUGGCCCUGACUCCAUACCCCCGCCCAGCGAAGCUUUUCUCCUCCCAGACACAUGCACCUUUGUCAGAGACAGCGAAAGUGCCAGCAUCCUCGGCCUCCUCGUCACUCCGACCAAACAUUACCAAGCCAUCAUCACCACCAUGCGCAAGUUUCAAACCCUGCGCUCCCUCACCAACCCCCAAGCCGACAUCGCCUCACCAACCCAUCACGCCUCAACGCGCGCCACCCCUGCCCCUGGCCGGGCCCCGACCUCCAGCGACAAUUUUGUGCUCCCCACCCGAGCGACUCCCAGAUCCUCCCGCGCCGGAUCAGCCCCUCGCCCCGCCCUUGCAUCGCCCAGCACCUCAGCCAACCAACCCCACUCACAGAGCAUUCAGAGCGACGACCUAUCUCCCUUUCGAGGCCUAAUCAACAUCAACGCCGGUCUCCCAGAUGACGUUGGUCAGCUUAAGCAACUCGUGUACGAACUCGCCGUCCUGCACAAGCGCGAGUACGAACGCCGCCAAACAGCCGUCACACGCAAGCGCGCUUUGAAACAUCACUGCGCUGAACUCCAACAGCUCUGGCGCAACGAGCACAACCAACGCCUCGUUCUCGAGGACGAAAACGCCCGUCUUCACCACAUGCUUCGCACCCUCACCCUCCCAGGCAACCGGCCCGCCGACUCGGACUAUAGCAGCCUCGCUUUUGACAAGUCCGAACCUACCAACAACAGCCACAGUACUCGCCGCCGUGCCUCCCGCAUCUGCUACCACAGUAUUGGUGCCGGCGCCUGUGCCAACCGAGAGGACGAGCAAGACGAUAUCCACCAACACCGGCGCCCCAGUGGCGCCCCUUCCCGAACCGCAUCGCAGUUUGAGAGUGAAGCCGAGAGCGGCCCAAGCCUCUCCAACCCCCGUGACCCCACAACCGCCCCCGACCUUGCCGCCGCUCGUGAACCUGGCAACCGUGCCCGAGCCAUGUCAUCGCCCUUGCAUCACGCCACCCAUCGCUCUCCCUCGCCCUCUUCCGGCCCAGUAGCCACCCAUCGCCGGGGGCUUGGUCUUUUUGCUGGCGCAUCCAAAGCCCUUGUCGAAGAGGCCCGCUUGCCAGCCCGCAACUCAAUGCCAAGUCUGGGCACCGAUACCGCUCCACUCAGUGUCGAAGACUUUGGUGGUGCCGGCAAUUCGGACCCAGCCACCUUUGCAACCCGUGCAUACCGAAGCUCCAUGCCCGACGUCGCCACGCACACGUCCCUCCCUAUCGGCGACCAAACCUCUGUUGAGCUGCCAUCACCGCUUGCCACCGCCAGUGAAGUCUUGACCCCGAGCCCGGGUCCGCCUGAGGUGCCGCCGCCCGACGCCGUUAACAUCACCUUCCACAGCAACGCCAAGGACUUCCUGCCCAGCCCGAUCACGACCGUCUUUUCCAAAUCCUACUCGCGCGACCGUGCCGAAUCUGCCCCGGAACCACGCCAAGUGAGCGUCGACGCAACCUCGAUGCCCUCGGCCGCGGAUCCAAGUGGUUGCCGACGACUGCAGCCCAGCUCCAAACUGGCUCUGCAGCAACCAGCCGGUACACCGAUUGUGGUUUCGCCAACUUCAUCCGACCCUUUGGCCCGCUUUGCUCAAGUUCGCCGCGCAGCACACGUUCAGCGCGUUCGAGCCUCGAGUGUGGGACCCAAAUAUCCUGCUCAACGACCAGCUUUGCAAAGCCCCCUUCGUGCGAUUGCCCCCACGGCCGUCCGCCGCGUGUCAUCCGUAGCCGAGGGUAAGCACAGUGUACCCUCUACAAGAGCAUCAAGCACGCAAGCUAGCACCGCCCCCAGCCCGGCGAGCUCUCCCACGUUGCCUCACACCAAAGGCAACUUGCCCCGGCGCCCCAUAUCUGCGCCCAAGACGCGAUCCAACACGACCAAGCUUUGA